AUGGAGUUCCCACAGGGCCUCAAGACUAGGAGCCAAGAGACCCGGACUUGCAUCCUGACUGCACUAGCACCUGAGGCGUCUCGCCUGAGAGCUGUUCGCGGAGGUCCCUGUGCUCUGCCUUCCCGCUUCACUCAUAUGCUCAUAACCUUCCCCCUGCUCUCAGGUGUGGGUUUUGCUACCAGGCAGGUGGCCAACAUGACCAAGCCUACCACAAUCAUCGAAAGAAAUGGGGACACUGUCACCAUAAAAACACAUAGCACCUUCAAGAACACGGAGAUCAGCUUCCAGCUAGGGGUGGAGUUCGACGAGACAACAGCGGAUGACAGGAAGGUCAAGUCCAUCGUGACGCUGGACGGAGGCAAACUUGUCCACCUGCAGAAGUGGAACGGGCAAGAGACAACACUGGUGCGGGAGCUAGUUGAUGGGAAGCUCAUCCUGACACUCACCCAUGGCAGUGUAGUUUGCACUCGUACUUACGAGAAGGAGGCAUGACCUGUCCACUCCUUCACCGACUGCUCCUCUGCCAAUCGACUAGCCCUGGACUCAGCACCGAAUUGCCUCAUUUUUCCCUUUGGCGUUUUGUAUAAAUCCACCUGGGUUGGGGAAAUUCUUCUGGGGUCAGGCGACACCAGCCUAGAUCCGUUUCUGGCUCCCAGUGUGUAUGUUUGUUUUUUCAACUGCAUCCAAAGGGUGCUCUAAGGUCAAUAAAGCAGAGCCAAGGUC